AUGGUGAUCCUGCGGGCUGGGCUCUGCCCGGGUCUCACUGAAGAGAUGAUCCAGCUCCUCAGGACAGGUGGCAUCAGGACAGUGGUGGACUUUGUGUCAUCAGACCUGGAGGAUGUUGCCCAGAAGUGUUCCUUGUCUUACAAGGCACUGGUUGCAGUGAGACGUGUGCUCCUGGCCCAGUUCUCUGCCUUCCCUGCCAAUGGAGCAGACCUCUAUGAGGAACUCAAGAGCUCCACAGCCAUCCUGCCCACAGGGAGCCCAAGCCUGGACCAGCUGCUGGACUCUGGGCUGUACACAGGGGAAGUGACAGAGCUCAUGGGAGCGCCGGGCAGUGGGAAGACACAGGUGUGCCUGGGCAUUGCAGCCAGCGUGUCCCUGGGCCUCAAGCAGCACCUCCUGUUUCUCGACUCCACAGGGGGCUUCACUGCCUCCCGCCUCUGCCAGAUGUUUGGAGCCCAGGCAGAGGACAAGGAAGAGCAGCUGGAGGCUCUGCAGAGGGUCCAGGUUGUUCGUGUGUUUGACAUCUAUGAAAUGCUGAGAGCCUUGCAGGAGCUGCGGGAUCGUCUCUCCCAGCAGGUGGUGAGCUCCGCCGGCGCUCUCAGGCUGGUGGUGAUCGACUCUGUCUCGGCGGUGAUCUACCCCCUGCUGGGCGGCAGGCAGUCGGAGGGUUUGGCCAUCAUGAUGCAGCUAGCCAGGGAGCUGAAGACACUGGCCAGGGAGUUCAGCCUUGCCAUUGUGGUGACUAACCAGGUGACAAGGGACAGCAGCAGCAAUGGUCCACUGAAGCCAGCCCUUGGCCGCUCCUGGAGUUUCGUGCCCAGCACCAGGGUGCUGCUGGAGAGCAAAGAAGGCACCUGGGAGAGAGCCAGCAGGCAGCGCAUCGCCUCCCUGGCAAAGUCUCCCCGGCAGCCAACUGGGAUACAGGUGGAGCUGGAUAUUGGAGAUGGUGAUGUACAGGAGCUGAGCCCAGCAACACCCACAGAGGGGCCCUGA